GAAAGCCUGGCUUGUUGCUUGUGCCAUAAUUACGCACUGGAACCCAGAGUUUCCCUGGCUGCCGGGUGGGCAGGUGGGAUGGAAUUUGCUUUCCCUGAUGUGUGACUUGGCCUGUGGAAGCUGUUUUUGUCCCUGAAGAGCUGGAGACUGACCUCAGCUGGAUGUGGGUGGAGAGUCCUUGACCUUUUGCCCAUCCAGCCUUCUCCAAGGUGAUGACUCCUGCCUCCUGAGACGUUGGAAAACCUAGUUUGGAAGGAGAGUAACAAUACAGUUGAUGCUGAACUACAGCCAAGGAUGAAGCGGCGUGCAUCAGACAGAGGAGCCGGGGAAACAUCCGCUAAGGCAAAGGCUCUGUGCGCGGGGAUUUCGGGGAAUAACGCCAAAAGAGCAGGUCCUUUCAUCCUGGGUCCACGUUUAGGUAACUCCCCUGUGCCAAGUAUUGUUCAGUGUUUGGCAAGAAAGGAUGGGACAGAUGACUUUUAUCAGCUCAAGAUUCUCACUUUAGAAGAAAGAGGUGAUAAAGGAACAGAAACCCAGGAGGAGCGACAGGGCAAGAUGCUGCUGCACACGGAAUAUUCUCUUCUUUCCCUGCUCCACAACCAGGAAGGAGUGGUCCAUCAUCACGGGCUCUUCCAGGACCGAGCUUGUGAAAUCAUAGAAGAUCUUGAAGCCAACAGGAUGGUCAGAAAGAUGAAGAAGCGCAUUUGCCUGGUGUUGGACUGUCUCUGUGCUCAUGAUUUCAGUGACAAAACAGCAGAUCUGAUCAAUCUGCAGCAUUAUGUCAUUAAAGAGAAGAGACUCAGUGAGCGGGAGACCGUGGUGAUAUUUUAUGAUGUGGUACGAGUGGUAGAAGCAUUACACAAGAAAAAUAUUGUGCACAGAGACUUGAAACUAGGAAACAUGGUGCUAAACAAAAGGACUCACCGGAUCACCAUCACCAACUUCUGCCUGGGAAAACACCUGGUGAGCGAGGAUGACCUACUGAAGGACCAGCGUGGGAGCCCUGCCUACAUCAGCCCAGACGUGCUCAGCGGCCGGCCAUACCGUGGGAAGCCCAGCGACAUGUGGGCCUUGGGGGUGGUGCUCUUCACCAUGCUCUAUGGCCAGUUCCCCUUCUACGACAGCAUACCUCAGGAGCUCUUCCGCAAAAUCAAGGCUGCCGAGUACACCAUCCCUGAGGAUGGCCGGGUCUCAGAAAACACUGUGUGCUUGAUCCGGAAACUGCUGGUCCUGGACCCACAGCAGCGGCUGACAGCUUCUGAAGUGCUGGAUUCCCUCAGCUCCAUCAUAGCGUCCUGGCAGUCCAUGUCCUCGCUGAGUGGCCCUUUGCAGGUGGUGCCAGACAUAGAUGACCAAGUGGCUAAUCCUGAAAACCCCCAAGAGGUGAAGGUGACAGAGGAGUGUUCCCAGUAUGAGUUUGAGAACUACAUGAGGCAGCAGCUGCUCUUGGCUGAGGAGAAGAACACCUUGCAUGAGGCCAAGAGCUUCCUGCAGAAGCGGCAGUUCGGGAACAUCCCGCCAGUGCGGCGCCUGGGCCACGAUGCGCAGCCCAUGAACCCUUUGGAUGCAGCCAUCCUGGCCCAGAGGUACCUCCGGAAGUAGCUUCCCAUGCCCCAAGAGCACGAGCACCACCCUGCAGUCUGCCCUCACCUCACCUGCUCCAGCCUACAGCAAUAUCAGUGUCCCAUGACGGGGAAUAAUGUAGCAAUCCCAAGCUCUGUCCAGGGACACGCACUCACACCUGUUCCGGAGGGAGAAGACUUUUGGAAAAGCUAGUUUUGGAAGCAGCAACCUCUUGGCAUCUUCUGGAAUCUGUUUUUUAAAAUCGAAGCCUAGAUGACUAAUCUGCUUUUAAUCAUGACUGUAAUCUACCUCUCUUGUCUUUUUAACCAUGCUGUUCUCUGGAUCGAGCAAAGCCCGUGGGAAAGGAGGAGACUUCCAAGGGUGAAGCUGCUGGCACAGAGCCCUGGCUGUGCAGCGCGGAGCAGGCCCGUGGCACCCACUCCGUGUGGUUUGAAUAAGCUUGGAUUUAUCAGGGUUUCUCGAAAGGCAGAAUUUCUUGAAACCUCCCACUUCCCUUCAUCUGCAUCAAAUCUGUUUCUGUCCUCGCAUGCCUGGUCUGGCCACGCUGGCCAGUCCUGUGUGGCCACCGCUGUGACCAGAGAGCCCAGCCACCGCCUCAGGCAGGAGUUGAGGAGUCGUCCGGGCAGCUCCGCCUGCAGGGAUCGGAUCCUGUCCCCAGUUCAAAGUUUUCACAGGACUUGGCCCACUAGGGCCCCUGCUCCCUCUCCCACCUCUCACUGAUUCUUUUAGUUUAUAAGGAUCUAUGACUUAAUCUUAUUUUUCAGUAGCAUAUCCCAGGUGCAGUUACAGUUGCAUUAAUUCUGAUUUAGCGUUUCCCCCCUCAGUUGUGGUACAGAUGUAAUAUAUGAGUUAUAAUGUGAAAAGCUUCCCAAAAUAAUCCACCUAGAGAUUGGA